CUCCAGGCACGUGGUAGGGUGGUCCCGCCCCCGGGUGGCCUGAGAGGCGGUACGCAAAGCCGCAUGGACAGCUUGGCGCUAGGCCGAUGGAGACGUCGGAGGAUCGAGGAGCUGCCGGUAGCAGGGGACGCGAAACGGGCGUGCAGGAGGUCAGAAGCUGGUGGGCAUGAGUACAGCAGCCACAUGGUAAGCCCCUGUGCCCUGCUGUCCUGGAGCACAGAGGAACAGGAGCCACGGCCACCAGGCCCGCCUACACCGCGACUGGAGUGUAGCCAGGAGAGGCCGAGCUCAGUGAUUCUGCAGAACAGCGGGAGGAGUUCAGCCCAGCCUUGCCUGAGAUGUAUUGCAGGGGAAUCUGGCCAUUUUAACCAUACCGGGAAUCAUUAGAAGAUGUGAUAGGAAGAAGGAAGAUUCCAGUUGGGUUUGAAUCCUCAUAUGAUGACCAGUGCAAAUCCUUACAGCCCUCCUACGUGCCCAACCAUUCAAAGGACAGCCAGGGCUCUGUGCAGGGGUUGUUAGCCUCUCAGGUAAUCCAGCUUCCUCCAGAAGGCCAGGCACAUCCUGAGUGUGCUGGCUCACUGUGGCCUCUUUUCUCAUGUUCUGCUGGAGAAGAAAUUAUCUAGAAGUCAACAAAUUCUGUAUCGAAUUGCCUAGAGGUUUUGGAACCUGGUAGCUUAUGUAAUCAUAAGGCACAGCUGGAGAUCUCCCUGCCUUUGGACUUUGGGGGUUGUUUCUGGAUAUAACUGGGGUUGUUCACAUACUCUUUUUAAUUAAGACUUAUUUUUAUAUUUAGAAUAAUGCUCUAUAAUUUUGAAGUGAAUUUUACUAAAUGUUAAUGUCCAGUCAAACCGUGUAAUUCUCCAACUGUAAUUAUGAGGGACAGAACCCCAUCGAUAUUAAAAUGGAAAUU